GUGCCGGAACAUGUACAGUGCUCGUGUACGAAAUAUAUUACGCUUUGUUCAACAACGUUGGAUGGAUUAGCAGGACUUCGAAGCAAGUGUUGGACAUCGCCUUCGUAUUCGCGUCCUUCUUUAUCAUUGUCCUGUUGUGUGUCAUAUACAUUAAGCAAAGACUAAGAAGAGCGUGUGUCCCCGGCAUGCUAUGCGUCAUCCAUGGCAUGAUUCUUUUGGCGUUCAUAAACGAUUCGAUAGAAGUGAUCGAACAUGCGUACUCCUGUCAAUCUUCGAAAUACAUUGUUCGCAUCUACUUAGCUGAGAAGAGCAUCGUAUUGAUGUGCAGCACGUUCAUGGCUUUCGGAAACUUCGUGCUGUGUGGCUUUGCCUACUUGCCACGGUCUGAACAUAGUUCCAAGCAAGCAAAACAGCAAGACAUGGACGGAUAUUCUCCAUUUUCAAAUGUGAUUCUCAGGGUUGCGUACAAGCACUUCAGAAACACGCUUUUUCGCUCAAAGGUGGUCACAGAAGAUAUACCGAGGCUCACUCUGCGAGCUCGCUGCACUUUAAACAGAGAAACCGAGUGCAAAGAAUUUAUAAAACAGACCCAAAUUUCAAGCAGCCCGUGCUCUUUCUACUGUCUCGUGCUGAAGCAUGCCUGGAAGGAACUGUAUUGGUCAAAUUCAUUGACACUUCUGUUCUAUUCAUCGCUUCUCCUCAGAAUUCCACUGUUUGUCGGCUUACUUGAUAGCACCAGUAUCUUCUCCUUCGAUCAGUCGGUCAUUCUCCUCUGUGCGUCGUGCAUCGCUGAAUGCUUCGUGUCAAACCUGCAGUCAUACUUCACGGUUCAGGGCCAGUUGAGAGCACAGCUAUUGCUUCAGACUGCUGUUUUCAAAAAGGUUACAUGCCUGUCAGCCACUGCGCUUGCCGAAAAUCCUGCAGGCCAUGUGACCUCUCUAUUAGCCGCUGACUGCUGGCUUGUGGCAUCGUCGUUUUCUUUCCUUCCAAACAAUUUCAUGGGCUUCGUGUGCGUGCCCUUUGCGCUGGGUUUGCUGGGUACACGCAUAGGAAGUGUCCCAGUGUUCGCUUGUCUUCUCUGGCUCCUUGUCAUCGCAGGAGCCUCGUUCUCUCUGGAACCACUGCUUCACAAGUACUACAAUAAACUUUACAGGUAUCGAGACAAGCGGCUGAAGAAGCUAAGUGAUUUUCUGUCAGUACUUCGAUUGGUGAAAAUGUCGGCUCUAGAAGACGUGUUUAGAAGUAAGCUUCUUCACCUCCGGCUGAAAGAGAUAGACCAAGCCUACCGCGUCAACGUAGUGGACAGUCUUCUGGAGACAGUCAUCAGUGCGUCUACGUCUGUGAUGACUAUUCUGGCAUUUGCCACCGUUACAUUCAUAAACCCGGAGAAAAUAUACAGCCCAGCUACCAUAUACUCAUGUAUGUACACACUGUCACUCAUGGACGUACUCACAUCUACGCUGACCCACGCUGUUAGGCUAAAGAGCCCGGUUUUUCGCAGCUGCCGAAGACUAAUGUCCUUUUUUGCCGACGAGGAGUGGAAUGCCGGUGCCACUAAAACCCUCCAAUUUACACAAGCUAGCACUGGCCAAGUCAAUUUGCACAACUGCUCCUUUGCCUGGGCAAAGAAAAUCUGCAGUGGGGCUGUCCCGGCCAUACAAAAUAUCAGUGUCAACGUGAGCAGCGGCUCCAUAGUGGGUAUUGUUGGUUCUGUGGGCAGUGGAAAGUCUUCGCUUUUAUCUGCAGUAAUGGGAGACAUGAGGUGCAUUGCAGGAGCUGCAGCUCUCAAAGGCACGAUUGGUGUUCUAUGUCAAAGGCCCCACGUGUUCAACAUGACCAUAAGAGACAACAUAAUAUUUGGUCGCAGUGUUGAUGAGUCGUACUACUGGAAAGUGUUGGAAGCUUGUGAAAUGAUUCGUGACAUCGAGGGAUUUGCGGCUGGCGACCUAACUGAAGCAGGGGAGAAGGGUGAAAUGCUGAGUGGAGGCCAAAAGCAACGAGUAGCACUAGCCCGAGCUGUGUACUCAAGAAGCGACAUUUGUCUCCUGGAUGAUCCCACCAGCUCUCAAGACCCGCAUGUCGCUCGUAAUAUUCUUGAGCACGUGAUUGGGCCACAUGGUUUGUUGGGGAGAAAGACACGUCUAUUCGUAAGCAACAACACGUGGCUGCCAUUCUGUCCUGACCAGUGGGUGCUUAUGCAUAACAGGACCGCAGUGCUUUUUAAAGACCCGGGUGAGCUAAAGCAGCACCCAGGGACACCGACUGAACUGUUCAAAGAACCAAGCAGUAAACCUGUCCCUCAAGUCGUCGCAGAAGAAAAAAAGAAGCAUAAGAAGACGGACAUUACAUUGGAGUCGAGUGCGGUUGUUAAAGAAGAAGCGCUAUCAGCCAACAAAGGACUUUUCACUAUUUUAAUGGCGUACAUAAAUUAUUCGGGCCUGUGCAUGGUCCUGGCAUUCUUCUGCUUCGCAUUUAGUGCUGCAAUGACUGCCGGACAACUUCUUUGCGUCAAAGCAUGGGCAGUACUCAAGAUACGUAAAAGUGACUCGAGCCAUUCCAGCCAAGACAUAAUAAUGUGGCUAGCGUUGACGUGCGCUGGAGAUGUACUCUUCCGACUGGUCGCAGGAAUUUUGUUCGCUCGUGGCACGCGACACCUCUCAAUCAGCCUUCACGACAAGAUGAUACGACACGUCGCCAACAGCCCACUGUCGUUUUUCGACGCCACCCCGCGAGGUAGAAUAAUGAACCGUUUUUCGGUGGACCUGGAAAUGAACGACAGCCGGGCAUUCGUCCGCAAUGAAACAGUUUUACCAGACGCUCCUUGCAGUGGUAGCGCGGCUUGCCGUCAUUGGAACGCAGGCGCUCACAGUUUGCAUUCUGGCCUGUGGUGUUGAGAUUGUGCUCAUCUUCAUUAUGCGCUACGUCAUCAGGGCGACAACAAUCAGCAGGCAGUACGAGAGCACAAGAUUAUCGAUGGUGCUGCAGCAGCUGACGGAGACACUC